AUGCUGGCAGCGGCUGGCGGAGACGUGGAGGCCGUGAAGGCGCAGGGAGACCCCUUACUCCCGCCCGUCAUCCAGGUCAAGGCUGCCAACGCAGACUGGCUGCCGCAGCCGCGGAUGGAGGCGGCCCCCCAGGCGCUGCGGGACGCCGUCGUGGCCGCCCUCGCCGCGUCGGGCGCCCUGCUCGCCCCCGCCGCCGGCGCUGCUGGCGACGAGGCUGCUGGGCCGCUGGGCGUCGAGUGCCCAGGCGGGGGCGGGGGCAAGGGGCCGCAGCUGGUGUACUCGAGGGGCGCCCUCUCACGCUGCGACGCGCCCCGGCUGCGGGCGACGCUCGUGAGCGCGGCGGAGGGCGCCGCCCGCGCCGCCGACGAAGCGCAGGGCAGCGCAGACGCCGGGUUGCUUCGGCAGCUGAUCGGGCAGCUGAAGGGGCAGCCAGACGAGGCGGUCGUGGUCGAAGCCAGGUCCAAGGCGGCGCGCGCCCUGAGCGGCGGACCGGACGCCGCCUCCUCCCUCCGCUACAAAAAGAAGAUGAUCCUGUGGACGCCGCCGUCGGCCCAGGCCACACCCGUGCCGCCCGCCGCCCCUGGACCCGCCGCAGACGCAGGCGGCGGCGGCGGCGGCGCGGGCGCAAGCAGCGCUGGCGGCGGCGGCGGCGGCGGCGGCGCGAGCAGCAACGGCGGUGGAGCCGGCGACGGAGAUGGCAGCGGCGUGGUGGGCUACUGCAUGAUGACGUUUGUGAUCCGCAACGGCCUCAAGGCGCUGGCCCUGGGGCUGCCCACCUACCUCGCUUACGUGGACAGCCUGGCGCGCAGCUGGCGGCUGACGCGCCACCAGGCGGCGCAGGUCAACAUGUUUGCGCGCGCGUGGGCCGAUUGGAUAUCCCGCCGUGGCGGCGCCGUGGCGGUCAGGGACGCCUCAUACCUAGACGCCGCGGAGCCGUUUGCGCGCGCUUUCCUGGCAUCGGGCUGCUGCAUGGGCGCAGGGGUCCAGGAGCGGCCGCCGGGCGCGUUCCAGGGCCUCCUAAUCCUGGUGGACACGGAUGAGUCACUGGUGGGGGCCCUGAAGUCAGCCCUGCACCUGCAGCACGUGCUGGACCCGGGGGGCCUGCCCCCCUACAGCAAGCAGCUGGUCGCGCAGGGCUCCAUCUUGUGUCUGCCGCGGGACACGCCACAGCAGAGCGCCGUGCCGCGGGGCCUGAUCCCCCUCCUCCAGGCCGCCGCCCGCCACACUUUCGCGGUCGUGCAGCGGCCCCCGCCCCCUGUUUCUAAAGACCCCAGCAACGGCCCCGCUGCCAAGCGCCAGUUCGGGAUCCACAAAUCCAAGGUUAAGCCGAUCGAGAAGGCAAUUGAGGCGGCGGUUGGGGCGGCGGCGAUGCAGCGGCGGGUGCUGCAGCUGGACGCCCCGGCCGACGCGGCGGAGGUGGCCGCGUGGGCGGGGGGCGGCGCGCCGCUGCCGGAGCCUGACGCGGCGUGCGUCGUCUGCUUUGUCGGCAUACCAGGCUGUGGCAAGAGUGCGCUGGCUCAGGCCCUAGGAGACACCCUGCCGGGCGUCGAGGGGCCCAGCAGCCUGCAAGUGCUCAACAGCGACCGCCUGAGGCAGAAGGGGCUGCCCAGCAACAGGUACUGGCACCAGGUGGCGGCGGCCGCGGACAGCUGCGUGGGCGGCGGUAACGUGGCGGUGGUGGUGGCCGACAAGAACCUGGUGCCAUACCCCCAAGACAACGUGGGCCGAGCUGCCGCCACCCUGAGGGAGUGCGGCGCCGCAACACUGGCAGUGGUGCCGACCUGCGCCGGCGCCCCCCCCGCGUCCCGCCCCGACGUGCACUGCGGGCUGCCGGAGCUGCCGUUCCCGCUGGAGCUCGUCGCGCUGUGCGCGCUGAGGGCCGUGCUGCGCUCGUCGCACGAGGGCGGGGUCGACGCACAGUCGCCCGCCUGCAUGACGGUGGUGGUGCGAUUCACCCACUACUACCGCCACAUCAGCAGCGAGGACCUGCUUGGGCAGCUGCGGUCGCACUUCAGCGCGGUUGUGGAGCUGCCCGUGAUGCAGCUGGGGCCUGGGGAGGAUCAGCAGGUCCCCCUGGAAGUGCUGCAGCACCUGGCCCACGGCCUGGUCUCCCUAAACCAGCAGGAGAACCCGCCCCUACCACCAGAGUGGGAGGAGCGCGCGCGGCAGCUGCUGACAUCAGAGCCCGUGCGGUCCCGCGUGCUGGCGCUGCAGCGGCCGCUGGAGGACUGCGCGGGGGACCUCGCCGCGGCGGUGCGGGGUGUGCUGCUGCAGCAAGCAGACUGCGGCGGGGGCGGCGCCGGCGGCGCGUGUCUGCGGACAGAGGCGUCGCUGCCGAGCGCACUCGCGCACCUGUCCACCGCCGGCAGCCAGGCUGGCGCUGCUGUGGCGGCGGUGGUGGCGGGAUCGCGACCGAUGGACGUCGAUGGGGGCUCUGCAGCGGCGGAAGGCGGCGGUGACGUCGCGGCAGCGUCAGACCCCGCCAGAGGCGUCCGCUACAUUGCCAUCGCGGGCUUCGACCCCGCGCCCCUGUUGGCAGCUUCCCGGCAGGUGCUGCCCCCGGAGGCGCUGGCGUGCCAACAGGCAAAGGCCGGCCUGCAGCUGCACGUCACGCUGUGGCAUGCAGAGGACCCAGUGGUGGGGCCGCAGCGGGGCCUGAGGGAUGCGCUGCUGGCGGCUGUUGGGUCCGAGGCGGUGUUUGAGGCGGUGUCUAUCGACUGCAGCGCUGGCGUCACGGCGGCGCAGGUGCGUCUGCUGUCCGGCCCCGAGGGUGCCGACACAAAGGCCUACCUCCACGUAACGCUCGCCGUGGCACCGGGCAGCAGGCCCAAGGACGCAGCCUCUCUGCCAAGGCUUGUGGCCGAGGGGUCCGCUUUGCGAGUGGCACUGGCCGAGCCGCUUCAGAUGGUUGGGCAGGUGCUGGCGUUCUCUUAG